UGCAAAUAUUAAGAGGAAGCACAUUCCAGGCAGACAGAGGAGCCAGUAUAAAAGCUCUAAUAAGGAAUGUGCCUGGUACAUUUCAAAACAGCAAGAAGGCUUGUGUGGCAGAACAAGCAAGCAAAGGGACAAAAAUUUUAGACGGCAUUUCUUUAGAUGCUACCUACAAGUACUUGUUAGCUGCCUUGGGGCUCUGGAGUGAAUUCUUCUGGUUUGGCAGUGAGCACCUCAGCUGCAGGCUCUUUGUUCCCUUCAGCUAAGUGGAAACUUUGAAAGGAAAGCCUUCCUGGAUGUAAGACAAAGGCGGGGUGUAAAACGAAAACAAAAGUAGCCUGAGUUAGAGAGGUCAUUCGAUUUUACUCUGCCCUCAAGACUGAUCCUCUCUGUCGACUGAAACAGGUUGGAGCCAUGGCUUUGGAACACAACCAGUCAGCAGAUUACUAUUAUGAGGAAAAUGAAGUGAACGACACUCACGACUACAGUCAGUAUGAAGUGAUCUGUAUAAAAGAAGAGGUCAGAAAAUUUGCAAAAGUUUUCCUGCCUGCCUUCUUCACAAUAGCUUUCAUCAUUGGACUUGCAGGCAAUUCCAUAGUAGUGGCGAUUUACGCCUACUACAAGAAGCAGAGAACCAAAACAGACGUGUACAUCCUGAACUUGGCCGUGGCAGAUCUACUCCUUCUACUCACUCUGCCUUUUUGGGCAGUUAAUGCGGUGCAUGGGUGGGUCUUAGGGAAAGUCAUGUGCAAAGUUAUGUCAGCCUUGUACACAGUCAACUUUGUCUCUGGAAUGCAGUUUCUGGCUUGUAUCAGUGUAGACAGAUACUGGGCAGUAACUAGAGCCCCCAGUCAUGGAGGAGUGGGCAAACAAUGCUGGCUCAUCUGCUUCUGUGUCUGGAUGGCUGCCAUCCUGCUGAGUAUACCCCAGCUGGUUUUUUAUACAGUCAACCACAAGGCUAGGUGUAUUCCCAUCUUUCCAUACCACCUAGGAACAUCCAUGAAAGCAUCAAUUCAAAUGCUAGAAAUCUGCAUUGGAUUUGUAAUACCCUUUCUUAUUAUGGGAGUGUGCUACUUCAUCACAGCGAGGACACUCAUCAGGACGCCAAACAUUAAAAAGUCUCAGCCCCUCAAAGUUCUGCUCACAGUGGUCAUAGUUUUCCUUGUCACUCAGCUGCCUUAUAACAUUGUCAAGUUCUGCCAAACCAUAGACAUCAUCUACUCCCUGAUCACCGACUGUGACAUGAGCAAACGCAUGGACAUUGCCAUCCAAAUCACAGAGAGCAUUGCACUCUUUCACAGCUGCCUCAACCCGGUCCUGUAUGUUUUCAUUGGAGCCUCUUUUAAAAACUACAUUAUGAAAGUUGCCAAGAAGUAUGGAUCCUGGAGAAGACAAAGACAAAAUGUGGAGGAGAUUCCUUUUGAUUCUGAAGAUGCUACAGAGCCAACCAGCACUUUCAGCAUUUAAAUGUGAAAUCGUUCUGUCUCUUGCUUCGAUACACAUGAAUGAUGCUUCUCCCUCAGAUCAAACAUUUGCAUUAUUCUGAAACUCAAAUCUCAAACACUGUGGUAGCAAUUUAAAACAAGAAGAGGCUGGGGUGGGGAAGAGGGGUGGAGUAGAAGCCAAGAAGAAGAGGAAACAAAAUGAUAAAUGCACAAAGCAUUUACUAAAGUUAAAAUCGACAAUACAGGAAAACAGUAACAGGUAUAAGUAAGGAAAAUACUAUGCUAUAAGUUUGGUGGGUGAUCUAAAACAGAUUAUUAAAAAGGCCUACAUUAAGGGGUAUUUAUAAUUAUUUUAUAUUAUCUAAAUUUUAAUGUAAGAACAAUUUCCCUGUAUAAUUUUAGUACUUGAAUAACUCUGCAGCAAAAUUUAAUCUUUUUCCUAUUUCUUAAUUCAUAAGUGAUUUCAUAAAACUUCAGACAGAAUAACAAUUAGCAAUCAAAAAAUACAUAAAAAGCUUUUCUGCCCCUUUUAAUACAUUCCUGCUAAGUUUCUAAAUGUAUAAUUUGCUUUAAUGAUGUAAACUUUCUUUAGUAAUAAACGUUAUCCUGUUAGAUGUAUACUCUAGAGGCAGUCCUCAGAUAAUCACACUUACCUAGGUUUCAAUUUUUAUAACUUCCUAAAGGUCUCAUCACGUAUAUGUCUAUUACUGACGAUCAGCUAAACAGUAUAUUUUCCUAUGUAUAAAGACUCUAAUUUUUCACUUAAAUAUUUGUAUUUUUCAGCAAGGAAAAUAUGUACCACAAUAACUUAUUUUUAAUAAUGUGUACUGCUUAUCUCUUUAAAAACAGUUAUAUAGAAAUUAUUAUAGUUCAUGUAAUAUGUCCUUAUUAAAAUUUAAUUUUGAUAGAAAUUACAGUGAUCAAAAAUAGUAUGCAUUAAUAUGAAUUUUAUCUUCACAAACUGUAAAAAAAAACUCUUAAAAUAAACAUCAUGCAAUCAAGAUAUGUAAUUUUAAAAUUUAUCACUUUUUAAAUCUGAAAAUGCUUUCAAAGGCAGAAUUUAAAGAACUGUGGUCAUGAAACUAA